AUGACUGACACACGCCCCAAGUCCGCCGACCACGAUGCGCAGCUCGAGCAGCUCGACACUGUCCACACAAACCUGGAGAAGCCCUCGGGUCAUGAUGACAUGCCCAUCGUGGACGAGCAUUUCCAGGCCGUGUCCCGUCGCGUCGUGCGCAAGCUGGACAUGACGCUGAUGCCCAUCAUCUGGCUGCUGUACCUGUUCAACUAUCUCGACCGGACGGCCAUUGCCCAGUCCAAACUCAACAGUAUCGUCGAAGAUCUCAGCCUGACUGGCACCCAAUUCAGCACGGCAGUGUCCAUCCUCAACGCUGGAUACAUGCUCAUGCAGAUCCCGAGUAACAUGAUUCUCACCCGUGUCCGGCCAUCCCUCUAUCUACCCGUGUGGGCCUGUAUCUGGUCCGUCGUCUCCGCGAGCACGAGCGCCGUCCACAACUUUGGCCAGCUCAUCGCCGUUCGAUGUCUCCUGGGCAUUGCAGAGGCCCCCUUUUUUCCCGGCGUCUUCUUCCUGCUCUCUUGCUGGUACACCAAGGCCGAGCUUGGUCUGCGCAUGGCCAUCUUGUACUCUGGUCUCGUGAUCGCCACAGCCUUCUCGGGUCUCAUUGCCGCUGGCGUCUUUGCCGAACUUGACGGAGCCCACGGACUCGCCGGCUGGAAGUGGCUCUACAUUAUCGUGGGCUCGGUAAACAUGGGCCUCGCCCUCCUCGCCUUCUUCCUACUCCCUGACUUCCCCGAGUCCAACACGGGCAGCCAGAAGUGGCUGCUCACAGAGGAGGAGCGUCGUGUGGCAAACCAGAGGAUUUCCAUGGACCGCAUCGUCCAGGAGAGCAACCGGUCUGUCUGGUGGGGAUUCCGUCGUGCCGUCACAGACUAUCGCACUUGGACCUUUAUCUUCAUGCUCAUCUGCAACCACGCCGCGUAUGGCUUCAACUACUUCUACCCCUCGAUCGUCAAGGGUUUCGGGUUCGGGUCCAGGACGAUCACCCUACUCUGCACAGCGCCGCCGUUCCUCAUCGGCGCGCUCGCCUCGCUCUUUGUCUCCUGGUCGAGCGACAGACGCAACGAGCGAUCGCUGCACAUUGCCAUCCCUAUGGGCCUCUCCAUUGUGGGCUUCAUCAUCUCCGUGUCGACCCUCAACGGACCCGCGCGCUACGUCGCCUCGUUCCUGUACGUGACGGGCUGCUUCGCGGCCAACGGGCUCGUGUACUCGUGGGCGGCCAGCGUGCUGAACCAGACACCGGAGAAGAAGGCGGUGGCGACGAGCAUGAUCAACGUGCUCGCGCAGCUGGGCAAUAUUAUGAGCCCCUACUUCUUCCGUGACCAGGAUGAGCCGCGCUAUAUGAUGGCCAUGAUCCUGCUGAUUGUGUUUGCCGCCCUCAGCGGUGGUACGUGCCUCUUCCUCAAGUGGGAUCUGACGAGGGCGAACAAGAAGAUGGCAGAGGAGGCCUCGAUCUACGGGACGGAAGCGAGGCUGUUUACGAGCUAGGCAUGCCGAUGAGCCUCCAGCUGAGUGCAUGUGCCAAGUGCGAUGAAUCUAGGAUUCAUAUACAGGAAGAUGAGUGGCACAGGUUGAACAUAGUCCGCAAUAUUAAGUCGUAUUGAAUAUCAGGGAUUCAGCAUUCAGCAGUGCUCGCCUGUCAUGACUCAAGACCAUGUAGCCGACU